CUUGCCUAGUUAAAUAAAGAUGUGAGACGUUAUGCUGUCAUAAUGUAAUCAAGCUUGGAUAUUUCAAUAGAUGUUUGAUUGCUCUGGUCUAGGGGUGCAUCAGUUGCAGACUUGAGACAGGAAUUCUCCCCCUGCAACCCCCUAAUGCUUAUCUGAACUCUGUGAGAACAUAGUAACUGGACUGUAUGUAGCCUACCCAUUUCUUGUCUUAGUAAGAAACACUGAAGAAAACAAUAGCUUCCACGAUGGAUCCGGACAAAGCUAGCCUGUCCCCCUCCACCCUCCAGGAGUCACCAGGUCGACUGCCUCUCCGUACUCUACUGCUGGUUCUGGUCGACUGCAGGAAAACACCAGGGCAGAGUGGAACUGAGAGAGGAGAAGGAGAAGAGGAACAUGGAGAUAUGAUUUCAUUAAGGGACAUCCCUAAUCGUUGCUCUCUAAGUGGGAGGGGCUUAUCAUCUGGGGAGCCUCAACAACAUCAUGAUGCUGACAAGAAAGAGAAGAGUCUCUCCAGAUCAGAACACCUCAAACACCAGCAUAGAGGUACAGGGAAGAAACAUCACCACUGCUCUGUCUGUGGGAAGAGUUUUGCUAAACAAGACUUGACUAUUCAUGAGCAAAUUCACACCGGAGAGAAACCGUUCCACUGCUCUCAGUGCGGGAAGAGUUUCACUGCAUCUAAAACUUUAAAAUCUCAUCAGAGAAUUCAUACAGGGGAGAGGCCUUCCCCCUACUCUGGUUGUGAGAAAUGCUUCAAACAAUCAGGAUUCCAGACUACACAAAAACACACAGGACCGCCUUAUAGCUGUGAUCAGUGUGGGAAGAGAUUCAAUCAAUUAGUACACCUGACUAUACACCAGCGCAUACACACAGGAGAGAAGCCUUAUAGCUGUGAUCAGUGUGGGAAGAGCUUCAAUCAUUCAGGAUCCCUGACUCUACACCAACGCAUACACACAGGAGAGAAGCCUUAUAGCUGUGAUCAGUGUGGGAAGAGCUUCAAUCAAUCAGGAUCCCUGACUCUACACCAACGCAUACACACAGGAGAGAAGCCUUAUAGCUGUGAUCAGUGUGGGAAGAGCUUCAAUCAUUCAGGAAACCUGACUACACACCAACUCAUACACACAGGAGCGAAGCCUUAUAACUGUGAUCAUUGUGGAAAGAGCUUCAGUCGAUCAGGAGACCUGAUCAAACACCAACGCAUACAUACAGGAGAGAAGCCUUAUAGCUGUGAUCAAUGUGGGAAGAACUUCAAUCAAUCAGGACACCUGACUGCACACCAACGCAUACACACAGGAGAGAAGCCUUAUAGCUGUGAUCAGUGUGAGAAGAGUUUCAGGACGUCAGAUCACCUGACUAUACACCAACGCAUACACACAGGAGAGAAGCCUUAUAGCUGUGAUCAGUGUGAGAAGAUUUUCAGGACGUCAGAUCACCUGACUAUACACCAACACAUACACACAGGAGAGAAGCCUUAUAGCUGUGAUCAGUGUGGGAAGAGUUUCAGGACGUCAGAUCACCUGACUAAACACCAACGCAUACACACAGGAGAGAAGCCUUAUAGCUGUGAUCAGUGUGGGAAGAGCUUCAGUCGAUCAGGAUCCCUGACUACACACCAACUCAUACACACAGGAGAGAAGCCUUAUAGCUGUGAUCAGUGUGGGAAGAGCUUCAGUCGAUCAGGAUCCCUGACUGCACACCAACUCAUACACACAGGAGAGAAGCCUUAUAGAUGUGAUCAGUGUGGGAAGAGUUUUGCUCGUUCAGGGUCACUGAUAAAACACCAGAAAGCACAAACAUGUUUUCUUUCAUCUCCCUUCUCUCUGGCACCAGUUCCAGAUCCCUAAAUAAAGUUUACAUAGAAAACAUCUUGUAAACAGUCAUCCAUCUCCCAUUCUCCAACACUUUAGUAUGUCUGAUUGCCAUGGUAACAUGUGUAGCAUAAUAUGCAGCUCUGGAUCCAUAUGUUACAAGCGUCUUGGAGUAGGAGUACUGUGUGUGUGGUGGGAUGGGGGAGGAGGUGUUCAGAGCUAUCUUUUAAUUUAUGAACUCAUAUUAUCCAUUAAAUAAUGUAUAAUAAAAAUGUUUCACCAAUGGUAGGUGUAUAUUCAUGUGUGGGGGAAAUGUUAUCUGAAGAGAGAGUCUUGAAUUGUACAUCAUGUCUCAUACAGUCAUUGGUUCCUGUAGGUGCUGGGUAGAGAUAUGAGGGGGAGACGGUCAUGACCCCCUCAGACCUUUUGGCAGAACGCUCAGAAUAUGUUCUAUAAUUUACAUGCAGGAACCAAAUGUUAAUGAUGAAUAAUGUAAAUCAUGCAAAUAUAACUUGUCUGUGUUACCAGUAUAUAAGAGAACUAAUGGGACUGCCCCGAAAGAGCUCCUGACCGACGUGUACUAUGGUGCAUUAAGUUGGUUGGAAUCUCUCCAGCUGGCUAAUAAUAAAUAAUUAUUAAUUUAA